AUGCCGUCCUUCUCCAACGAUUCAUAUCCAUCGGCAACCACAACGGCUACCACAACGGCCACCCACCCUCGCUCCUUCGAUUCGCCUCGCAAGUCCCACGACAAAGCCUCCGUUGGUAACACCUUCCUGUGGACCAACUGGCCACACCCACCCACAGGCGACGCAAAUCACGACACCCAUCAGAAUGACCGGCAAUUGCUCACGGAUCUGAAAAACGGCAGUGCCUACUCGCUGAAUGGCCGAUCGAGCAUCAGCUCCUACACACGCGAGAUGCCGCACUCCAAGGACGGCAGCAUACAUUCGCUAGGCAACGGUUCCGCCAGAGAUCCUCGGGAUCCUGUCCGGCCAUCUGCCAUGCUAGACCGGAAGUCAUCGGACGCUGGACCUGGAGCAGGCUCCACGACAGUGUCGAUUCCAAGCCACCAGGUCAAUGGCACGGCCCAGGGUCAACGGUACCCGGUCCAGGGGAAGCCGAUGACAAAUGGCGAUAUCUCACGCCCCUCCGCCGACGAAACCGCCAUGUCUGAUAUGGCGACCAGCCCCUCAACUUCAUUAUUACAGAUCCCCAAUGGCGAAGACUCAGGUCGUCUCUCCCCCGAUCCGGAUCGGUUGAACCCGGCUUCUCGACCCAACCCCAGUCACCACCGCUACUCCUCCCCACCUGUACCUGUCCCUUCCAUGAUUGAUGCCGCCUCUAUACAAGAAUCCCAACAAUCUAGUAUGCGACACCGGCACUCGCUGCAGGUUCCGCGUACUCCGAGCGUUCGUCGGAAUAGUCGGGAUCAGGGUGAGGAUACUGCCUACAGCAGUGGUCGAUUAUCCCCCACCGUGGGAGGAAACCGACGUACUUCACUUGGCCUGAUCCGUCGCACCACAAAGUCACAGUCAGAUCCGCUUAUGGAUGGAGCACCGCAGGAUGACGAGGCGGCUCGGUGGGCGGAAGCGAUCAAACAGAAGCGCGCUUCGCGGCGAAGGCGCGAAGACGAUGACGACGAACGAGUCAUUGUGGGAACAAAAGUCGACCAGAACCACGUCAACUAUGUUACCGCAUACAACAUGUUGACCGGUAUUCGCUUCACCGUGUCGCGCAUCAACGCAAAAAUGGAUCGGGAACUUACUCCGGCGGAUUUUGACGCCAAACACAAGUUCUCCUUUGAUAUUACCGGAAAUGAAUUGAUCCCAUCAGCCAAAUACGAUUUCAAAUUUAAAGAUUACGCUCCUUGGGUGUUCCGAAGCCUACGCGCCAAGUUCCGCCUUGACCCUGCCGACUAUCUGAUGUCUCUCACCAGCAAAUAUAUCCUCUCUGAAUUGGGCUCGCCCGGUAAGAGCGGUAGCUUCUUCUACUUCUCGCGCGACUACAAGUACAUCAUUAAAACCAUUCACCAUGCCGAACAUAAGCUCCUCCGCAAGAUUUUGCCGCAGUACUACCGACACGUGGAGAAGAACCCCAACACUCUCAUUUCGCAGUUCUACGGGUUGCACCGUGUCAAGAUGGCAUAUGGCCGCAAAAUCCAUUUUGUUGUGAUGAACAACUUGUUCCCUCCCCACCGGGACAUUCACCAAACAUUCGACCUGAAGGGCUCAACGAUUGGUCGAGACCUGCAGGAAUCCGACCUUGAGCGUAAUCCGCGUGCGACAAUGAAGGACUUGAACUGGGUUCGGAGGAAUCGUCACCUGCAAUGUGGACCCUCCAAACGAGAUUUCUUCAUCGAGCAGUUGAAACGGGAUGUGGCUUUGCUCCAAAAGCUCAAGAUAAUGGAUUAUUCCCUCCUGGUAGGAAUCCAUGAUGCUGAACGGGGCAACGAGGAGAAGUUACGUGAUAAGACUCUUCAAGUCUUCCAACCUGGUGGUGAUCGUGAGGAGGAUUCCAGCCCUAACAUGCUGAUGCGAACACCCUCCAAGUUGGAGAAUGAGCGCAAAGCCCGAGAACUCCGUAUGCUGAUCAAGCGCGAAAGACCCGUGCCGUUGGAUAAGGCGGCAGCAAAGAUGCCGGACGAAAUACUCGAUGAGCGUAAAUACCACAUCUUCUACGCUGAUGAUGGAGGUUUCCGAGCUACCCAUGAGAACGGCAACCCUGGCGAAGAAAUCUACUACCUGGGUAUCAUUGAUUGUUUGACUCAUUAUGGAACCAUCAAGAAGUUUGAAAACUUCUUCAAGGGUCUUUCACAUGACCGUACUCAAAUCUCUCCUAUCCCACCAGAGGGAUACGGAGAUCGUUUUAUUAAUUUCGUCAAGGGCAUCACGAUGUCGAAAGAAGAGGCCGAGCGCCGAGAAGAGGCCCAAGCCUCGACCCGACAAUCAGGAGAAAAUAGACAAUCACGAUCAUCUUCCGUGGAACGCACAAUGCAGUCAGCCGAGAAAGAGGCGGCAAAGGACGUAUCUGUUACACAUCCCCGAACCUUGGCUACUGUGUGGGACCCUGCAGAUGCCGCAGGUCCCGGGCCAACGUCAACACUUCCAAUUGUGGAUGAGGCCGGCGAGGCCAGCAGUGUUGGUGGCCACAGCUCACACAGUCGAAAUGGUCGUCCUGCCAUUGACAAGGAACUUCCUCCUGCUCCAUUCGAUGAACCGCCAGCGCCCCCCAGCAAAGGCAAGGGCGUUGACCGGGGAGAAAGACCGAUUGGCAGCCCAGCUCUACGGUAG